ACGUACAGUGUAAGUUCCAUAAGUAUAGGAAGUCUGCCCGAAAAUGGGCAACAAAGUGGUCACGUUUACCGAUGAGCAGCUGGAGGAUUAUCAGGAUUGCACCUUCUUCACCCGGAAGGACAUUCUGCGGGUGUACAAGCGGUUUCGGAGCAUGAACCCGGAUUUGGUGCCGAAGGUGAUGAUCGAGGGUCAGGCCAGCACCUUGAAGGUGUCCCGGGAGUGCAUCGAACGGAUGCCGGAACUGGUGGAGAAUCCCUUCAAGCACCGGAUGUGCGAAGCAUUUUCCCGGGAUGGCGAUGGGGAUUUGACGUUCGAGGAAUUCUUGGACCUACUGUCGGUGUUCAGUGAGAUGGCCCCGCGGGAUAUUAAAGUGUUCUAUGCCUUUAAAAUAUAUGAUUUCGACAAGGAUGGAUUCAUUGGGCAUGCCGACUUAUUGAACGUAAUAAUAGCCCUAACACGGAACGAACUGACCAUCGAGGAACAUCAGCAGAUAGCGGAGAAAGUCAUAGAGGAAGCGGAUGUCGAUGGAGACGGGAAACUGUCCUAUCUGGAGUUCGAGCACGUGAUUACGCGGGCACCGGACUUUAUAUCGACUUUUCAUAUUCGAAUUUAGAACGGGCGAAAUGAGUCUUCGCUACAAGCACCCUAGCGGCAAGUGUUGGAAGUAGUUUUUUUGCUUCCCCGAACAUUGAGUAAAGUGUCUUAGAUAGGGGCGAAAGUUUAGUCGAGGUUGGUGUCCAAGAUAGUAUAACAAAAUAGUGUAUCGCUACCUAGCUUAAAUAAAUUGAACUACUAUUUUACUGUUAUACUUUUCCAUACACCAGAGAUGCUCGAAA